AUGAAUUGGAAGACUAUUUUAAAGUCAAGACUGUUGAUUAAGCCACCAGUUGAAUCAGAUCCUCGACUUCUAAGCAAUAAAGCCAAAGGGUUUGUUCUGGUAUGCUUAGCUUUAUGUGCUAGUACACCAGGCUUCUCUAGUACAAUCUAUUUUCCAGGCUUACCAGAUAUUACUGCUGAUCUACAUGCACCUUCAAUGGCAACUACAUUAACAGCUGCACUGUUUGUUUUGUUUAUGGGUAUUGCACCUGUAUUUUGGGCGGCCUUAUCUGAUUUCUAUCAAAUUCGUCGCUUUUUAUUCAUGUGCUCCAUGAUAAUCUUUGCUGCUGCCUCUAUUGGUUCUGCUUUUAUGAAUAACAUUUGGGGUCUUGUUGUACUUCGAUGUUUACAAUCUGUAGGCGCUUCUUGUGGCCAAUCUGUUGGUGCAGGUGUUGUUGCAGAUAUCUAUCCUAUUGAACAAAGAGGUGCUGCUUUUGGAAAAUACUUUUUUGGUGUAUUUAUUGGCCCAUUAUUGGGCCCCAUCAUUGGUGGUUUCUUGAUCAUGAGCGACCUUACAUGGCGAGCUACUUUUUGGUUUUGUUUUGCUUUUGCUCUUUUCAAUCUUGCUGUCAUCUUUUUGUUUUAUCCAGAGACAUAUCGCAACAAUGAAAAGUAUGACUUGGAACUCCCUAUGGAUAAUGACAACACAUCAUCUGCUAGUAGUGAAACAUUAGAUCCAGUGGCACCAGAAAAAAAUGCUGAAAACGAUACAGUGAUGAAGUCAGCCAUCAACAAGCGCAUUAAUCCCAUCGCUCCUUUUCUUUUGCUUCGUCAUCCUUUUGUCUUUUUAGCUUCGUUCGUUUCAGCUGUUGCUUUCGGUAGCAUGUUUGCUGUUGAAACAAUCAUUCCUGACUUGUAUGAGACCAAAUAUGGAUUCAAUUCAUGGCAAACAGGCCUAAGUUAUCUCGGCGCUGGUGUCGGGAACAUGUGUGGUGCUUUUGUUUGUAGCAUGCUAUCAGAUCGACUCUUAUUAAGAUCACGUCGUCUUCGUGGGGGUGCUUCUGUUGUAGAAGACCGUUUGACAGCUAAUUUAUGGCCUGCUUGUUUUAUUGUUAUUCCCUUUGGUCUACUGUUGUUUGGUUGGACCAUUGAAAAGGGAAUGAGUUUUUGGGCACCUAUUAUUGGGUUCGGUAUCCAGAAUUUUGGCAUGAAUCAGAUUAUGACUUCUACUUCUGCUUAUAUUGUAGAUGCUAUGCCUGGUAAUGGUGCGUCUGCUACAGCUGCUGCUAAUCUUGUACGUAUGGUGCUUGCCUGUAUUCUAACUCUUGUGGCAAACCCCUUAGUCGCUGCUAUUGGUGCUGGAUGGACAUGUGUCUUUUUGGCAGGAUUGACUUAUGUGUCUUGCAUUUGUCUAGUUAUUCUCAAACUGAAAGGUCCUGCUAUGCGAACCUACAGUGGUUAUGGCGAUAAACGUUAA